UAUUAGCUCGAAUGUGUUUUUUAAUACGUUAGCUCCGUUUAAAUGUUCCCAGAAUGCAUCCGGAUAUCCGACCUCUUUUUGUGCCCUGAACGCAGCACAAGUGACGCUGUGUGACCGCGGGAACACGGAGGCCUCGCGAGAUUUAGCAGUGCUCCUGUAUCAGCCGGAAGUUACCGGACAGAACACGGACCGGGUCACAGAGCAAACCUCCCGGAUCCCAGCGACCAGUGGCACCACAAGAACGGAAUGGACCCGAACCACCGGAGCAGAGACCCGAACCACCGGAGCAGAGACCCGAACCACCGGAGCAGAGAGGUUCGUGUUGUCGGCUCACUGUCGGUGGUUCUGUUCUGCAUGUUUCCAGAAGCAGUUCAGACAAACACCAUCAGAUCUGCAGGUUGUUUCCGCCACGUCACUACAACAUAUCAUUGAUCUCUUGCGUCACGUGGUGAUAUUUCAGCUUCUGACCCGGUCCAGUAAACUCGGGCACCUGCAGGCCGAUCAUCAUCAUCAUCAUCAUCAUCAGUUCAGCUGACCAUCGAUACUCUGAUCAAUGAAGAGUUAACAGUUGUUUGAUCUUAUAAUUUAAUACAGGGCUGUAUUUCCAUCAAUCAGUGAUAUUGAUAUUGAUAUUGAUAUUGAUGUUCCUCUCACUGAACUGUGUGUGUUAUUGUGUGUUGUGAAACAGCCUUUGGAAGACAAACUGACAAACGUGUCGGUUAAACUGUUUAAAUGAUUCAACAAAGAUUUUAUGUUUUAUGUCAUUUGACACUUUUUCUUUGUCUUUUAACAGAAACACUGAUAUUUGAUAUUUGCUUCAUUGAUAUUUUGUGCCACAGACUUUUACUUUCUCAGAUGUAAACUGACAAAUGUUCAGUGUUUUUUUUAUUGUUAUUAUUGGUUCUGUUGAUCUUGGUCUGGUUCUUUUGGACCUGGACGAAACCCUCAGACUGAAGAGCAGAAACAUCGGACGAUGUUGCUGAUUUAAAGUUGUGUUUUCAGUGAAAAUCUUACAUGUUGCAGUUUCAACAGUCGAUUAUUGAUUAGGAAACUCGUUAAUGUUCAAACGUCUCUUCUGUUUAAAUGAGUUUACUUCAUUAAAUAAGCGUUUACACAAUAUUUGUUCUGUGUAUCAAUACACGUGUGAUGUUUUCAUGUCUCUGAUCAGUUAAAACAUUUUAAUUCAGAAUCAGAAACUGUAUUGAUGUUUUUGGUACAGAUGUUCUGUGCAAAGUAGAAAUAGAAAUACUGCGUGAAUGGAAACAAGAGAUAAAGAUAUAAAUGAAAUAUUAAAGUAGACGAUGAAACACAAUGUUAAAUAAUAGAAGAAGAGGGCCAUGAACCAAUCAGAGCAGUGGGCAGAACAGGACCGCCCCUCACGUCACACUCUUACAUGUGAGCCUGAAGAGCUCCGGACAGAAUCCAGGACACAGAGGAGACCUGCAGGACGAUGGAGAACCAGAACCAGAACCCCAGAAGAACAGGAAGCACAUGCUCUGGCGGAAGCAGCGUUCAGAAACAGGGAGGAUCAAAGGGACAGGAGCAGUCACACAAAAUACCAACAUCACCAAAGAAAUCAGAAGUUGGCUUGAGAGGUCACACCGGAGGGAAACCACAUGGGUGUGAUCAAUGUGGGAAAACUUUUGCUACAUCCGCUUCCCUAAAAACCCACCAAAGGAUUCACACAGGAGAGAAACCACACGGCUGUGAUGAGUGUGGGAAGUCUUUCCUAUCUAAGGCUACGCUGAAAAUCCAUCAACGCAUUCACACGGGAGAGAAACCGUACAGCUGCGAGGAAUGUGGCCAACACUUCAGAACAACGGGUGACCUCAGAGUCCAUCGGCGCACUCACACUGGAGAGAGACCGUACGGCUGUGACCAGUGCAGCAAAGCCUUCGCAUCGUCAAGUGAGCUUAAUAACCACAGACGUGUUCACACUGGAGAGAGACCAUACAGCUGUGACCAGUGUGAGAAAACUUUCACAGCUCCAGGUUCCCUUAAGAUCCAUCGACGUAUGCACACAGGAGAGAAACCCUACCCCUGUGAGCAAUGUGACAAAGCGUUUGCUUCCCUGGGAUGUUUGAAAACACACCGAAUUGUUCAUGGGGAGAAAGCAUACUGGUGUGGCCAGUGUGGGAAAAGCUUUACAAGGCUUAAUCGCCUUAAAUCUCACAACCAAAUCUGCAAGAGAAACCACGUCUGGGACCACUGUGGAGAUUCUGCUGUCCAAGCCGGUGACCUCCAUCUCCACCACGACACUCACAUGAUGCCGGAGUGAAGAUCUGUCAGCUCUUGUGUGGUACCAACGUGUUUCAGUGCUCAGUAAUUCU